GAGUGCACCAUCUCCUUGCCCUCUUCAUUCCAUUGCAUCAUGAGAAGAAAGUGGUGCACAGACCCUGGAGUGGGAAUUAUGGACCUUUGUCAACCCUGCAACCAAAGGGAGACGCUGGGACGAGGACUGUGGCCCAGGAAGGGUGAAGGGCUUGUGUUGUUUUGUUUGGAUUCUCACUUAUCCCAGAAGAGGGAGGACACUUGUUGGCAUGGUGACUGUGGAGAGCUACACGGAAUUUAUUACCCAACUGCUGAGGGGAAACUGAGGCAUGGCCAGAGUUAAACUGAGGAACAGGCUCACCGGAUGCCAGGCCAGGUCACUUGGGAGAGGAGCCAAAGCCAGGGACACUGCACUGACUGGAACUGACUCUGCCAUGGCUACAUAGAGCCAUCUCUUUCAGCUGACUCCGAGUUGAUCAGAGUCCAGCACCCACCGCUGCCUCCCUGAGAGGAGAGAUGGGGGAGGAAGAGGAAGCAGAUCCCCCUGGACAGCCUGUUAACAAUGCCAAAGUCUUGAAGAGCAGAGGAAAACCAGUGUUGCUGUCUAGGCGUCCUCCAGCUGCCCUGGGCCCCUGGUGCCCGGACGGCUGGGUCGGGUACGGAGGGAAAUGCUACUAUUUCUCCGAGGCCGAAGGGAACUGGAACAACAGCCAGAGACACUGCUCCUCCCUUGGUGCCUCCCUGGCUGGGAUCGACACCCUGCAGGACCUGGCUUUCCUGCUGCGCUAUAAAGGCAAAUCUGACCACUGGAUUGGCCUUCGGAGGGAGCAGGAGCUGGGCCAGCCCUGGAAAUGGGUCAACGGCACCAAAUUCAACCGCCUGUUUGUGAUAACAGCAGAUGGUGACUGCGCGUAUCUGAAUGACGAGAAUAGGGUCAGCAGCUUGCGAUGCACCAGCGAGAGACACUGGAUCUGCAGCAAACCCGAUGCGUUUACAAAGGCAAAGGAGGCGGCAGUGGAAGGAGGCUCAUAACAAGAGUAUUAUCAAAAAUUAGCCCUGGAACUGGGGUUAAAUUUCCUGUUCACUCGCUUCCUGGAGCCCAGUGGCUUGGAAGGGGCAGGGGAGUGAGUAGGUGUGACACAGACCAGGUAUCAGCUCAUGUCAAAGUCCCCAUGUCUCAAUGGGACACUGACAAAUACUCAGCUGGGGUCAAGCUGGCUCACCUGUGUGUUAAAAUAGGUAUUAGAAUUAUAAGAAUGUGCUUAGACUUUAGUAAAUGCUUUUGAGCUGCUGGAGCAUUAAUCCCACUUCUGACAGUUGUAUCCCACAUUGUCAGUAGUGUAGCUUGGGGGGAGCAAGGGGAGUGGCUGUAACACAAAGGUCAGUAAUAAAAAGGUUAAAUAAGAUUGGCCCCAAAACUGAUCCCUGAGGCACUCUACUAGUAACCUCCUUCUAGCCUGACAGUUCACCUUUCAGUACGACCCGUU